UGAUCCAAUUAUUUUGAUUUGACAGAAAAAAGCUCGCGAAAGAAAAUAUAGUACGAAGUACGAAAUUUUUUUCGAAACAAAAUUGUGUGUUUAUUUGAAGAUAUAAAUAAAAUAUCUCAGGCUUAUUUGGGCCCAUCAUACUUUAAGGAUUUGAAAAUUAUUCCAUAUUUCGAAAAUCUAUGUAUAGGCUUGUAGAAAAGUAACAAGAAAUAAGUGGUUCUAAAGCACGUCGUAACAGCGGAAGAAGUUAAAUAAUAAACUGCAAAUUAAUGCUUUAGGAAAACAACAAACUAUACGCAAUAACAAGCUGAAAAUUUGGUUUAAUGUCACUUUCGCUUUUGCGAUGCCUUAACAGGGGAGGCGGAGGGUACUUAAAUGUCACUAAUAAUGCAACUAAGCUAUCACUGCCAGCGUCAUCAUCGGUGCCCAUCGUAGGUGUCACCAACAUAGUGCAUUAUUCGCGGCGUAGUGACCCGAAAAACCUUGAUAGUGUUUUCAAGGUAGUAAAGUCAAAGGCGCGCGUUGAAGAAGCCACUGAUUUUCUUGGAGGUGAAUGUGGGCCAAAUUGGGAACUGUUAGCACCUCGAGGAAAUCGAUUCUAUUUCCCAAAUGCAGUUGGUCCAGCAUGGCAGGGAGCAUCAACAACUAUAACCUUGGAAGCACCACUGGAGUCAAUUGUAGAUUUCGAUGGAAAGAACACAAAACAAAAUGCCAUGUUGGAAUUUACAGUCGGUGAAUGCCCUUCACUUAUAAGAAAAUCAUUGCACGAGCUUUUUCCUGCCCCGGAAGUAGUUUCUAGUGAGAAAUUAGCGUUGAUGACUUUGAGAUUUUCGGGUGAUAACGAACAAGGAGCAAGAAAGUUUGUUUUGGCGGCACGGGAAAUUACGUCACGACUUCGCUUGCAUGGUUAUUGGGCUGAUUUUAUGAAUCCUUUCAGCGGCAAACCAUUUUACUCCUGGGCAAACGGAAAAAAUCUGUAUAAAGUAGACGAUCGAUUUAGAGGAAUUAAUAUGAAGUUGAUCAAAAAGAAUCACUGCACAGUAAUAAGUACAGAAGAUGGAGAUGUUACAUUUUCUGGUGUUAUUUACACUAAUGCUCCAUGUGAUUAUUUGCAAAUCAAAUCACUAAUAGACGAGCAAGUCUAACAGGACUGCAUUGCCGUAAUAUAUUGUAAAUUCAAAAUUGUUAUUCGUUUCAUUAAAUGGACAAAAAUUAUA